CCAUCCGGUUUCCGGAUGUAUAAACCGGAUUCGUUAACACGCCGCGGCAGCCUGAGAUCCCUCCGCAGCGCCCCGCUCCUCAGCACGGUACUAGAGAGCACGCUCUCCCUAACUAGGAUCCAUCCGAUCGCCUCCUUGGAGCUGCCCGGUCUCGACUAUGCCGUCCAUUCGCAGUCAGCCCUCGGCGUGGGCCUGGGCCAUGCCCCGUGCACUUCGUUACGUAGCGGUUUAGCGGCGAUCACAGCGGCAUCCGCUUCAGCGGCCGGCGGCGUCUCACAAUCCCAGAGCGCCCUCUUGGGGCGGUACGGACCCAACGCCUCCAUACGUCACGGCGAGCGCAAGAUUGUUCAGCCCAAACGGGUACUAUCACGCAAACUAAAGCCACAUCUUGUUGCGGACACCGUUAAGCAGUAUAUAAGUCGGGCCCAACGCACAACCAAAAAGGGUUCUCAAGAGCAACAAAAUAACAUGGAGUUUUUACGCGGCGUCUAUGCGUUUAUGCAAGUGAGUAGAUCAUCGGUGUCUCAUGUCAAAAUCGAUUCACCUGUUUUUCGCCUGCACACCAACGCAACGGUUAUAUUACUGAUCACAUUCUCGAUUGCUGUGACGACGCGGCAGUACGUAGGAAAUCCCAUAGACUGUGUACACACAAGAGACAUUCCCGAAGAUGUUCUCAACACAUAUUGUUGGAUACACUCAACGUAUACAGUGGUCGAUGCGUUUAUGAAGAAGCAAGGUUCCGAGGUGCCUUUUCCCGGAGUUCAUAAUUCACAGGGCCGCGGCCCUCUAACAAUAAAGCACACAAAAUAUUAUCAAUGGGUAGCGUUUACACUAUUUUUUCAGGCAAUCUUAUUUUAUACACCAAGAUGGCUGUGGAAAUCUUGGGAGGGUGGCAAGAUUCAUGCGCUCAUCAUGGACUUAGACAUAGGCAUUUGUUCCGAAGCCGAGAAAAAACAAAAAAAGAAAUUACUUUUAGAUUAUUUGUGGGAAAAUUUAAGAUAUCACAAUUGGUGGGCGUACAGAUAUUACGUGUGUGAGCUGCUCGCCCUUAUAAAUGUGAUAGGUCAAAUGUUUCUUAUGAAUCGAUUUUUCGAUGGCGAAUUUAUGACAUUUGGCCUGGAUGUGAUAGAUUAUAUGGAGACCGAUCAGGAAGAUCGCAUGGAUCCGAUGAUUUACAUAUUUCCCAGAAUGACCAAAUGUACAUUUUUUAAAUAUGGUUCAAGUGGGGAGGUGGAGAAACACGACGCCAUUUGCAUUUUACCAUUAAACGUUGUUAAUGAGAAAAUUUACAUUUUCCUUUGGUUUUGGUUCAUCUUAUUAACGUUUCUCACAUUAUUAACGCUAAUAUACAGGGUGGUUAUUAUAUUCUCACCUCGAAUGAGGGUCUACUUAUUUCGUAUGCGAUUUAGGUUAGUGCGUCGUGACGCUAUUGAAAUAAUCGUUCGUCGUUCAAAGAUGGGCGAUUGGUUUUUGUUGUAUUUAUUAGGUGAAAACAUAGAUACGGUUAUAUUUCGUGAUGUUGUACAGGACUUAGCGAAUCGUUUAGGACAUAACCAACACCACAGGGUGCCUGGCUUAAAAGGUGAAAUACAGGAUGCAUGAUAUUGGGAGUAUUAGAAGCAAUACAAAAUGCAAUUUGUCGUCUCCAUUUGAAAACCAUCUCAAAACUCAAAACUUAAAACUCAACUAAAAAUCAACAAGAAGAAUAACUAAACAAGACUUGAUACCAUAUGAGAAGAAUCGUCGUUAGAGAAUCUUAGAGAAUCGUCACAGCACACAGCCAGCAGCCGCUUCAUGAACAACAACAAAACAACAAAUAAAAAAUUGCAAAAAAAACCAAAAAUAUAUCACCAUUCUACAAACCGCAACAAAAAAAAAUUUCAAAAAUAUUUAAAAAAAAAACGUAUCUCAAAAAUACAACCAAAAAAACUAUCGUCAGCGCGCAGUCAUUUUGAAAUCAUUUUGAAAUAAAUCCGGCAUGGUCACUAAAUACCAUGAUCGAUAGCAGGCGUCUAUCGAUAGUCGAUAACCAAGAAACCAACAGCAACACACUAACACAGGGCAGAAACUAAUCGGAAGCGGAUAGCGGACAAAAAAUAAAAAAAGGAUAAUUGAAAAUUGAGAAAAAAAUACUAAAUCUAAAUCAAAUGAGAAUGUAACAACAGGAAAUGCGUGUGAAUAGCAGAGUCCUUGUUAAGGACUGCUAUCCACCGGACAGGACACGGCGACCGGGGGCAAGUGGCGCCUGCCGCCGGUCAAUGGUCACAAGGAUACAAGGUCACGAGUCAAAGGAUCUUAGCUGGGAAGGCUAAGCGAUCUGCGAUCCAUAGAAAGUUGCCCCUAAGGACAAGAACAAAGUGUGAGCAGGACAAACGGAAACGGAAACGGAAACGGAUACACAUAUAGCUUAUAGCUAUCAUCAAUCAUACGCCCCGUAGGACACAUACAUACAUACAUACAUACAUACAUACAUAUACAUACACAGAGACACUCACAAACACCAACUCACACAGACUCAUCGCACUUUGCUUGUCAUGCAGCGUUAACUAAAACCAAACAUCAACAAAGUCGAGACGACGCCCGCGGAAAAUUGCAUUUCUGUAUUAACCCAAAAAAAAAACAUAAAAUAUCAACAUCACUAGCAUCAUUAUCACCUAGAGGAAGGAGCUGAGCAGAGCAGGACACCAUAAACGAUGCAGAAACAACAACAACACGAAGGCUAGAGGGCUAGCAUAUCCUUCGAAGGAUAACCACUCGUUAGUAGCCUAAGAGGAAGGACAACAACAAGAAGAAGCGAACAACGAGAGCGCAAAAAGAAUAGUCACGAAAGGAGCAAAGGAAAAUGCAUAAACAUAAAUCGAAAUAAAAAAUAAAAAAUAAAAGAAAGAAAAGAAAGAAGUAUGAAGUAAAUGUAACAGUUUAAUUAAAUUAAAUUCAAUUCAAUUAAAUUACUUAUUACAAUGAUAUCUUGAAGUGUUCAUGUAUUCGAAUGUAGGUUAACUAAGUCAAGCAUACAAAAUAAUUCUACAUAACAUACGUAUAUGAUUAUAUAUAUAUAUAUACAUAUAUAUGUGAGCGAGAAUCCAUAUGUAUAUAUACAUUAUAUAUACAUAUUUAUAUAUAUAUAUAGUAUAUAUAUGAAGAGAAAGGAAAAACAAACUUUUUUUUUGUCUAACUCUAAGCAUUUGUAUUACCCGCUAAUGAUGAAAAACAAAAAAAAUACCAAAUGAUGAUGAAAAGAUGAAAAAAAGCAAACAAAAAAAUACCAAAAAAAAGCAAAAAAACACAAUUUUUUUUUUUAUAUAUACAGAAAAGGAUUAAAAAAAUGCCGAGGCGAAACGAAACGAACAAAAAAUAUCAGUAAAUAUCAGAAAAUACCAUACCGAAUACCGAAACCGAAAAACUAAAAAACAAAAAAAAAAAAAAUACAUUUAAAUAGUUUAAAUUGGAAUGGAAACUAUAGCGCGCAUCAUUAUAUAACCAAAAAAAAGAAAAAUAAAAUAAAAAACAAAGACAGACAGAGACGGAAAUGUUUUAAAACUCACACACACACAUACAGACACAUCCACACACACACACCUACAUUAUAGUAUAUAAUACAUAUAUUAUUAUCGAUCGAUUAUCGAAAAAGAGAGCAGCAUACAUUCGCAGCAUAAAUCAAUUAACUCAACUAAUAAUAGAGCAUACUCAACUCUCUCCCUUAAAGAUAAUCCUAAUAGCCACCCCUCCCCCCCAAAAAAAAAAAUACUAAAAAAUCAUACCAAAAGGAAAAUGCUUUGCCUCACACACACACACACACACUCAAACACACACACACUUACAUACAUCAAUCGAGUGUAAUGAUAUCGAUAACAGUACGAUAACAGUCCUAUGCAUCGAGGGUUCAGUUUGGAUUUCGGCGACAAUUCCCCAAGAUCACAUAGCAGGCAUUGCAGUUGCUUCUGACCUCUGACCUCUGACCCAGACCACCACCCCACCCCCCAUUAACCCCCCGUGUUAGGUAGUUAGCAAAAACCGAUCAAAAAAAACAAAGAAAAGAAAGGUUCAUUAUGUGCUACAAAUUGUAAUAUCCGUCCAGAAAACUUUUUGAAGCGCACCUUCCUGCUCCGUUGACUAUCGAAGUUCUAUCGAUAACUAUCGAUAAUAUCGAUUUCAAUGCGCCAUUAUUUGUGCUUUCCCUAGAAGGCUGCUUUUCCAAUAAAAAAAUAACAAAUUAAUACACUUAAUAAAUGGACCAAAAAUACCAAGUCACAGAUGCCUCAAAAGUUUUCCUUUUGAUUAAAGCGAUCUCUUAACUUUCCCCUCUGACCCGUUGACCCUUUGACCCUUUCCCGUCUCUUUCUCUCUCAUCUAUACCUAUCUCCAUCUAUCUAUCUGUCUCUCUCAAAACAAGGACGACCAAUGACGAAAAACACAGCCAGAAAGCAAAGCCAGAGAUGAAAAUCUAACAACAAAAUAUCACUGCCAACCGAAUUAAAAAAAAACAAAUGCAAACAAAUUUAAAUAGUUAAUGAAAAUAAAAACAUAAAAAAAAAAUAGAUGAGUAUAGGGCGGGAGGGAGGAGGUUAUCAAAGGAGGUCAAGAGCAAGGACAACUGCAAUGCCGGAGAAAAGCAAAGCGAAAGGAAUUAAUUUCCAAAAAUUUAAGAAAAAAUAUUAGAAGGUUCCUUGUCUCAAAAAUCAGGAAUUGCCGAAACGUUCGCCAGGAAUUUAAAGCCUCACCUCACGGUAUUUAUUUAAUUAUUUGUUGAUCGGGAAAUCGAGAUUAGUUCAAAUGCUUAUUUUUAUUUCAUAGUUCGUCUUUUCUCACGCAACUAUCCCGCAUAAAGACGCAUUAAAAUUAGCAAAAAAAAAAAAACAAACAGAAAACAAAAAUUCUAGGAGGAGAAAGUGGGGGGAAAGUAAGAUGUUGAAGCAAAAAAACAAUAAUUAUAACAAUAAAUGUUAAUAAGUAAUUUUAGCGUACUCUUUUUUUUUUUUGAAACAGCUUAUAGCCAACUAAGUAAAGUAAAAUGUAAUUCUAGUUCAAACUGAACCAUUUUUUGUCUGCGUUUUUUUUUUUGGCGUGUAUCAGUAGGGUAAGACAUACAAAAAACACACAACAAACAUACAAGAAACACAACAGACACACAACAGACACGCAAUGAAAUCGAAAUGGUAAACGAAAAGCAAAUGUAACAUAUAAUAAUUAAAUAUCCGAGGAUAAUUAAACUGUAAUUAUAGAGGAGAGCGAACCGAAGCGAAGGAAUACCAUACCAAAACGUAAGCAUAUUACAAGGAAAUUGCCAUUAGUCGAUAGUUUUAAAGCGAUACGUAUAUGAUCUACAAUGUUAGGUUAAAAAAAAACACACACAAACACACACAGAACAAAAAACAAAACUGAACAGAAUAUAUAGUGUAGCUCAAUCCAAGUCGUAUCUCGUAACUCGUAACUCCAAAACAAAACAAAAAAAUAAAUAAAUUAUAAUUAAAAAAAAAAAAACAAACUAAAAGCAAUUGUAAAAUAUCGUAACAAGUCUUAAGGCGAUUCGGAAUCGAAUCGAAAACAAACAAACAAACAAGCAAAACUUUAUUUUUCAAAGUUUUUGCCGCAAUAUUUACUCUACCUAAAAAAUAAAAAAAAAAAAUAAAAAUAAUUAAGAAAAAUUAUACUAGCUGAAUAAAUAGAUGUUAAGAAGGACAUUUCAUAGAGACACACACACACACACACACACACGGAAACCACGGAAAUUCCCUAGAAGCAAUAGGCGCAGGCGAAAACGGAAACGGAAACUGAAACUGAAACAAAAAAACAGAAACGAAAGCAGGCAGAGCUAACGGUAACAUCGAUGAUUUUACACCAAAGUUCCACCACUACUUCCGGUACAGUUCUGUCCACUUUUUCAAAACACACAGCACAGCACUUUUCUCUCCUCCACCUCUCUCUCUCUCUCUCUCUCUCUCUUAUUCUCUAUCCAUCUCUCUCUGUUUAAGGACUCUUUUCCAAACCUACUUUCCCCAAAUGUCUAGUUUUUAUUUUGAUUUAAAUUUCUUUUAUCGAUUAAUCGAUAUAUAUCGGAAGUUUUGUUUGCUUGUUUGUUUGUUUCCGAUAACUGAUUUUUCUGGUUGAUUAUUAUUUUUUUUUGUAUCAUUAUUAUGUAUUUUAGGCUUUAGUUCUAUAACUUUUAACGUACUUUCUCAUUUGUUCUUUCGUGCAAUAAAAAAUUACGAGACUUGUAUACAUAUCAUUGUUUAUUGGGUAUUAUUAUUGUCUUGGGGAUCUCUUCUACUACCAUUCUUCCUAAUCUAUCUCUUUCUAGUUACCUCUGUCCAUCCCUUUCUCCAGCACCAAAGAAAACGCAAAAAGAAAGUCAAUUUCUCACAGCUCAAGCCAAACAAAACACGCAAUGAAACGAACUAAAAGCAACAAUUAGUGAAGCAUAUUGGUGAAAUACUCGUAACUUAUAUUUUAAAUCAAAUUAGUGAGUGAUUAGCGCAAUGGUAACGAUAUAAUGAUAAUUACAAUUUAGUUGAAAGACCCCCUAGCAGAAUCGAAUCGAAUCGAAUAGUGAGAACUGUUUUAUUAGAACAUUUUUUAAUUAUAUACUAAUCGAAUCAAAAUUGUAAAAACAAAAAAAAGCAACAAAAAUGUUUAAAAAUAACAAACAAAAAAAGAAAUCUUACAAAAUUUAUUAACAAAAAAAAAAAAAAAGGCAACCAUAGAUAUUGCAUACAAAUUGAAACUGCCAAUUCACAUUCUCAGACAAAUUUUUACGAAGCUAAACCAAAUCGAGCAUUACCCAAUUAAUAGCACUAAGCAACCAAAACAAAAAAAUAUAUAUACAUUAUAUAUACAAAAUUGCUGAAUAUUUCCGAAACAAAAAUAUUUGAGAAUCAAUUCAAACUCGUAUCUAGAAAGCGUAUCUAAACUAAAAACAAAAUUUAAUAAUAAUAAUUGACAAGGCCUUCGAAUUUGAUCCUCACCUUCGUUUCGUUUCCCCCGAUUUCCGAUUAAACUGAUUAAACCGAUAACCGAAUGACCGAUAUCCGAUAUUCGAUAUCCGAUAUCCCGGAUUGAGGCACUGGCUUACUUUAGGCACUUAGCGUAUAUCAAUUUGUGUGUGUGUGAACAAAUAGCAGACAAUAAUUAGUGAGAGGCGCGAGUAGGCUAUUUUGUAAUCGAAAUCGAAAGUCCAGAUUGUAUUCUUCAUUUAAUUCUUAUUAUUUUUGAAUUUUUUCUAUCGAAAAAAUCGAAUAAUUUAUUGUCUUCCAGCCUAGCGUACAUUUUAAAUCGAUUAAUUUGUUGAUUAAAAGCAGGUUCCUAAAACAGUCCAAGUUCAAGUUCAAGUUCAAGUCCAAGAAAAUAAAUUAAUAUUUUGCCAAGCCAAAGCGGAAGAGCAGAAAAGUAUGCUUGCUUUCCUUUCAUUUCCUUAUUUUGUGAUUAUCGAUAACACAAAUCCGUACGAUUUCGAUAGCUUAAUGCCAAAAAUGAGAAGGAAAAUGAGAUUUAUUUCGUUGAUGGCCAGAAUUCAGAAGCAUUUGACGGAGUGUAUAGGAAAACUGCCUUAAAGUGAUUUCAAAGUGAGACCGAACGAUCGAUAAACCAGCUAACCGUGUAUAUAGCAGAUGGAGAAAGUCUAUGGAAGUCAAGGAAAGUCAAAGUCAGUCGAUAAUAGUCGAUAAUAGUCGUGGGAGACAGAUCGGUAUAAGAUCCGGGAAUUUUUUUUACUAAACAAACCAAUUUAGCCACGUAUCUAUGAGUAAGCCUAACUUUUAACACAGCCAUACGACUUGUACAUAGACACGCUCUGAUCUAAACAUAACUAUAUCGAUAUAUAUCGAUAUAUAUAUGUGCAGAGAUGUUGGGGCAGCAUAUAUACAUGCAUAUAUACUCUAUAGAUACAUAUACAAGCAUAUACACACCAGUAUAUAUACAUAAAGGGAAUGUUUUAUAACGACGAUGGACGAUGAUUAGUUGGUAAACGUAGAGCGAGACAUCUUUAGCAAAAUUACACCUAAGUUUUCCAGAUUCAGAUGACUUUUUAACCAAAAAAACAGAAAACAAAAAACUAAAACGACAAGCUGGCAAGCUCUGAUAGAUUAUGAUGAGAAUUAUGUAGAAAAGCCGACAGAGUAAGAAACUAUUUGUAUUUCAACUUGUUUUCCAGGAGAUCUUAAGUUUAGUCAACUUAAUGUAAUGUAAAUUUAACUCAAAAACCAAAAGAAAAACCAAUUAUGAAAGGAAAAAACGUAUGUAAAAUAAUUGCAUAAAUAAUUUCAAAUAUAUUCGCCGAUUGCCUUCAACUAGAGGAAUUUUGAUUAAACUUAAUAAUGAAUAACGAAUACUAAAUAAUUAAUAAUAAAUAAUAAAUAAUAAUGGUAAAUUGAAAUUAUUAAAUAAUGCAUUGAAUAUUUAUACAAAAAUGAAAUAAAAACUAAAAAAUAACAAACUAUAAAUAGAGAAUGGAGGGACGAGAGAUGAAAAGAUGCCGAAGCAGUCAAGAAGAACAACAAAUCUACACAAAAUGAAAUUCAAAAAGAACUGAAGUAAAAACAAAGAUUUUAAAGCAGUAACAAAUGGCAAACAAAACAAAAAACAAAAUAAAGCAUUCAUAUUUGUACACUAAAAAAAAGUACGCAACUUAUACACGCAAUAUUAGACUAAACCGAAUCGAUAACAGAUACCGAUAACCGAUAACCGAUAGUUUCCACAACCCCUUUUUCCCCUUUGGAAUGCUACCCAAUCCAAUCCCUUAAUUUUAUUUCCAUAUUAUUUUGAAAAUCCAACUUUUUUCUCUCGAACUAGAAACACUCGCACAUAUCCAACGAAAGACGUCGAUUACUUUCCAUUUUUCCCAUUCCUAUCGAAAGACCACCACCCCUUAGAUAUUCACACACACAGUUUCCCUUGAAAAAAAAAAAAAAAUCGAUACAAAAAAAUCGAAGAUAAAUCGAAGAUAAAUCGAAGAGGAGAAAAGAAUCGAUCGACUCACAAACCACAAUUGCAACCACAACCGAACCACAGAAGCACAACCACACAGGAUGAUGAUGCACAACAACCACAGCAAAAGAGCUAAAAGAGAAAUGCUAAUAAAUGAGGAAAAAGGGAAGAAGAAUAAAUAAUAAAAAAAACCGUAUGAAAGAAUGCAAGCUGGAGGAGGAGAUCGAGUCUAGAGAAUACUUUUAGGCGUUAAGCGUACUUCUACAUAGUUUGUAUCUCUUAUAUAUAUACACACACACACACACAGAUAUAACUAGGUAUAUGGAUAUAGCAUAAUUAUACAGAUAUACAGGCCUAUCGAUAAACUCAAAAAAAAAAAAAUACCGCAUAAAACUAGCCAGAGGAAGGAGGGAUCUGAAAUGGAUAUCCGAGGAGUAUCGAUAUAUAUCGAUACAGAAUCGAAAGACCGUAGAUCGAAAUGAACGAAAUAUUUUUUUUUUUUAUUAAUUGUACUGUAUUUUAUGGUAAACGCUAAUGAUAAAUGAAUAAUGAUUAAAUGAUUAAAUGGUAAAUGGUAAACGGUAACGGUAAUGGACAUUUAACUAGUUAUAACGUGCAGUUAUCGUAAUUUAUGAUUAUCGAUUAUUGAGUCUUGAGUACGAUUAUUAUGGAACGUUUAAUUUUGUUAAUACGAAAACAAAACGCGAGCAUGGUUAAUAAAGCUUUAAUUUGAAGCUAUAUAGGUAUAUAUAUACGCCCAUAUAUAUAUAUACAUAACACACACACACAUACACAUACACACUAGCACACACCAACACACCAACACACACACACACACACACACAGAAGACAAGAAAAACGUCCUCAGUUUAUAAAUUUUCAAAUGAGUGACAAAAGAAAAGAAAAGAAAAAAGAAAACUUGAAACAAAACACACACAAGAAACAGUAAUUAAGUCUUAAGGCCCAUAUAAGUAUAAUACAAUUAAAAUUAUUUAACGAAAUCAAUUUAUUAUUGAUAGCAAAAAAAAAACGAUGGAAACGAAACGAAGCGAUUACGAUUACGAUUACGAUUAACGAUAAAAGUAACGAUAAAAGUAACGAUAACGAUAACGAUAGCAAUGGCAGUAAAGCAAAACAGAGUUUCCAAGCGCAAAAAAGAAAGAAAGUAGAGAGAGGUUAGGUCGAGUGCUAUGUGUGCAUAUUGGCUUUGGGGAUAUAUUUGUGUGUGUGUUUUUUUUUUUUCGAAAGUACAUAAAGUAUGGAAAGAAAAGGGGGAUAUAUCCACCGAUAUGCACACACACACACACACUAAACAGACACAAACACACACAUAUACUAAUAUGCAUAAUAACAGUGAAGGAGAAUUUUUAGUCUAUACUAAUUACCGAACCGGAGAGGCAAACAAAUCUAUAUACAAUACAUGGCAUACACAUAUAUGAAAGCCCCUAUAUUGAGGAUAUAAACGUGAAUUUUUAGCAAUCUAAGUAAUAAAUUAUACACAAAAACCCACACACACACACACACACACACACACACACAGUCACAUACAUCCUAGAGUACUCUACGAGUAUCGGGUAUGAAUACAAAAAUACACAGAGAGAAAUACAUACACAUAAUCCAACUAGCAGCAGCAAGGUGCAAGGUGGUAUAUAAGUAUAUAUAUAUAUACGUCUAAUACAAAUAAUUACAUUAUGCAAUAAAGUGGAGGAGUGAGUUCUAAGGCAGCAACCGGAAACGGAUAUGGCAAGAUGGCGGAAUGCCGGAAAUGAAACACUUAACAUUAAGACACGCGACAAGAGACUUGUAAAUAACAUACACACACACACACACACAGGCAGACUACACACUCACACACUCACACACUACACACAUACACCCACAAAGAAAGAUCGCAGACAGAUACAUCACUCACACACACACACACACACUUACACCCACUCAGACUCACCCACACUCACAUACAUUUUACGAUUAGUUAAUUUUACAAACUAAAAUUAUUGCAGCAGGCGCAUUAUAUAAUAUAAAAUAAAUAAAAUUAAAAAAAAAGAAAAACUAAAUGGAAAGAGAAACCAGAAACAAAAGUAAAAACCAAAAAUCAUAUGCAUUAAAAGUAAAGUAAAACAAAAACAAAAAACAAAAAACAAAAAAGUAAAGAAAGAAAAGCAAAAAAUGCAAAGCAGAGCGAAAGCGAAAGCAAAAGCGAAAGCGAAAGAAUAGCCAGCUUCCGGUGGCGCUAGGGGCGUGGUGGAGGCGAAGGCGGAAGGGCGUUAACGAGGGCGUGGCUAGUGGAAGGGGAGACCCCUCUCUCUCCCCACACACACACACACACACACACACACUCACUAAAAGCCCCCUCUUCCGGCACACCCACCCUCGAAACGCCCACGGGAGAUAUGUUGAUGGGAAUUAAUAAAUUACCAAGUAAUAUUAUAAAAAUAUUAUUAUAUAAAUUAUUAUAAUUAUAAAUUAUUAUUAAAGAAAGCAAGCAACAAACGUAAAACCAAAACCAAAACCAAAAACAAACAAAAACAAAAACAAACAAGAUUACAAAAAUACAAAACGAAAAAAGAAAAAAAAAAACACAAAACCAAAACAUAAACAUAAACAAGACACAUUAUAAUGCGAUAAUUGAGUAAUCAACAAAAAAAAACAAAAAAAAAAAACGAAUUGACAACGUUGUAUGAUUUUGAUCAGAAAGUAAUAAAAACAAUUUUCGAUUUGUUACGAAAUAUACAUAAAUA